AUGAUAGCACAGCUAAUCGGUGCCGUUCUGCUACUCCAGGUAGCUACUGCUGCCCCCGGGGACCAACUAAAAAUCGUCAACGGGACGGAUGCCACGAUCGAGGACUACCCGUUCAUGAUCUCGCUGCGCGGUCGCACCGGUGGUCACUCCUGCGGUGGAAGCAUCCUCAACGAACGCUGGAUCCUGACGGCGGCCCACUGCGUUGAUUACUACUCUACGGUGUACUACCAAUCCGUGCAGGUUGGACGCUCCGACGUGUCCCGAGAGGUGGACGAAUCGAUCCAUUUCAUCGAAGAUGUGAUCGUGCAUCCGCACUACAAUCCUGGAAAUAGUGUCGUGAACGACAUUGCACUGAUUAGGUUGAGCACUUCGCUGGUGUUUGGCGAAACGGUUCAACCGGUUACGCUGCCAACGGUGAUAUGGUCCGAGGUUGAUCAGGAGGAUCCUAAAGUUACACUUAUUGGCUGGGGACUGCUGGAAACGGACGGAGAUCUGCCGACAAGGUUGCAGCAGGUGGACUACUUUGCGGUGCCCAACGAUCGGUGCAAUGAGUUCCACGAUGAGCAUAUCUAUCCGAACCAGAUUUGUGCGGCGGUUCCCGAGGGUGGCAAGGGACAGUGCAGUGGUGACUCUGGUGGACCGCUGCUCAACAACGGAGUGCAGGUUGGAAUUGUAUCGUGGAGCAUAAAACCAUGCACAGUAGCACCUUACCCGGGAGUGUUGACGAAGGUGUCCUAUUUCUUGGACUGGAUCGACGAAAAUAUGUACUGAAAUUAUUGCUUUGAGUAAAUUUUGAUUGAAACGGUUUAGCAAAAAACUAAUAAGGUUCUAUAUAUAGAUGAGUUCCACUGUAUUCUUGAAAUCACCACUUCUAAAUAAAGCAGAGCUACGGAGUCAAAACCAAAACCAAAACCAAAACCAAAACUUGCUGGAGUCCCGAGUUUUAAUAACAAAUGUUUACGGUAGUCUAACUCGCACGUGUAACAAACGCGUUCUGACCUGAAAUCCCUUUGGCCAGUUGUCACACUUACAUCAAUUUUCAGGGAGUGACAAGAUAGCACGACAAGAUUGAAACUACUUUCAUAUGUAAAGUGACAAAAAUGUACGAAGUUUUUUCGGAUUUCGUUGAAUAUCUCAGGAAAUCAAUUUUCUACCAAAACCGGAAAUGGAUUUUAUUUGUAUUUUUUUAUUUGGCUCAAACUUUGUGGGGGCCUUCCCUAUGACCAAAUAAGCUAUUUUGUGUCAUUGGUUUACCCAUACAAGUCUCCAUACAAUUUUGGCAGCUGUCCAUACAAAAAUGGUAUGUAAAUAUUCAAACAGCUGUAACUUUUGAGUGAAUUUUCUUCGGCAAAGUUGUAGAUAUUGUUCAGGACUAUUGAAAAAAAUAGGUACAAGGAAAAAAAAUUGCAGAUUUUUUUAUAAACUUUUUUUCGCAAAAACUCAAUUUCCCAAAAUACGUAUUUUUUGAUUUUACAGAUUUUUUUAUACGUUUUAGGAGACAAAAACUUGCAACUUUUGAGCCAUAGCAUGGUCAAAAAAUCUGCCGUCGAGUAAUAAUUUUUUUAAAAAAUGGCGAUUUUUGGAAAAAAUCUAAAUUUCAUGCAAAAACAAAUUUGACGUAAUUUUUUAAUGUAAAAUUGAAAUCCAAUCGAAAAGAACUUUCUAUUUUUAAAAAUAGUGAGUGACCAUUUCUUGAAAUAUAUGAUAUGAAACAAGAAAUAUGAAACAUUCGUGAAAUUUUCCGAUCUUUUCGAUAAAUAUAUUUUGUAAAUUUUUAAAUCAAGACUAACAUUAAAUGAACCAAACAUUGGAUAUUACGCCCAUUUAAAAUGCUAGUCUUGAUUUAUUUUUUUUUCAAAAUAUUUUUUUCGAAAAGAUCCGAAAAUUUCACGAAUGUUUCAUAUUUUAACAUUGAAAAUCGGACCUUUAGUUGCUGAGAUAUCGACAUUAGAAAAUGGUGGGUUGUUUAGGUGAAACUUAGAAAACUUCAAUUUUCGUGUUUCUUUUACUUAAAGUGGCUGUAUCUCAGCAACCGGAGGUCCAAUCUUCAAUGCCUCUUAGACAAUUUUAUAGCAAAUUUUCUGAACUUUUAAAAAAAAUAUUCAGAAAUGGUCACUCUUGGUCACUAUUUUUAAAAAUAUAAAAACUGCAAAUAUUUGCUCAAAUCAAACAUUCGGUGGCUAUAUCUUGAAAACAAAGCCCUUUAUCGAAAAAUCUGUAAAGUACUUUUCGAUUACAAAUACAAUUUUACAUUAAAAAAUUACGUCAAAUUUGUUUUAGCAUGAUAUUUGGAUUUUUUCCAAAAAUCACUAUUUUUUCAAAAAAUUAUUACUCAGCGGCAAAUUUUUUGACCUUGUUUCUUUAUGGCUCAAAAGUUGCGGGUUUUUGUCCCCUAAAACAUAUCAAAAAUCUCGAAAAUCAAAAAAUACGUAUUUUGGGAAAAUGGGUUUUUGUGAAAAAAAGUUGAUAAAAAAAUCCGCAAUUUUUUUCCCUGUAUGUAUUUUUUGCUCAAUAGUCCUCAACAAUACCUACAACUUUGCCGAAGACACCAAAUUGAUCAGAAAAUUCACUCAAAAGCUUCACUUACAGCUGUUUGAAUGUGUACAUACCAUUUUUGUAUGGACAGCAGCCAAAAUUGUAUCGAGACUUGUAUGAGUGAACCAAUGACACAAAAUAGCUUCUUUGGUCAUAGGGAAGGCCCCCACAAAGUUUGAGCCAAAUAAAAAAAUACAAAAAAUAAAAAUAGCCGAAAUCGGCCGAUUUUGUGCAGAGUUGCUCAGGAUUGAAAUCGAAUUUGGGGAUCUGUGAAGG